CCCGGAUACAGACGGGCGCCGCCUGCCCGCCGCGGUGCGGAGCCGGCCGGCCCCGCCGAGCGCAGGGAGCGGAGCCAUGGGGCCGCGCUGAGCGCCCGUCGCCCGCCCGCUCCGCCGCCAGCCCCGGCCAUGGCGCCCAUGGGGAUCCGCCUGUCGCCGCUCGGCAUGGCCGUGUUCUGCCUGCUGGGGCUCGGCGUCCUCUACCACCUCUACUCCGGCUUCCUGGCCGGCCGCUUCGCCUUCUUCAUGCUGAGCGAGCCGGCGGCCGGCGGGGCCGAGCCCCCCCGCGGCUCGGCGGCCGCCGUGGACCUGCGGGAGCUGCUGGCCGUGUCCGUGCUGGCCGCCGUAAGGGGCGGCGAGGAGGUGAAGCGGGUCCGCGAGGGCAACGUCCUCAACGAGAAGGCGAAGGGGAAGACGCGGGAGGGAGCCGAGGAGAAGCUGACGAGCGGAGACCUCCUGUCCAACCGCAGGAUGUACCACCUGCUGCAGGCCGCCUUCCCCGGCGUGCAGAUAAACUCUGAAGAACGUGUUGAUACAGCUGAUCAGGAGACAGUCUCUUGGGAUCACAGUAUACCUGAAGAGAUAAAACAAAAAAUACAGCCUAAAGAGGUUCCAGCAGAAAGUGUUACUGUCUGGAUCGAUCCAUUAGAUGCUACACAAGAAUACACAGAGGAUCUUCGGCAGUAUGUCACAACGAUGGUUUGUGUGGCUGUAAAUGGUAAACCAGUAAUAGGAGUGAUACAUAAGCCAUUCUCGGCAUAUACAGCUUGGGCAAUGGUGGAUGGCGGGUCAAACGUGAAAGCUCGUUCCUCCUACAAUGAGAAAACUCCAAGGAUUAUUGUAUCCCGCUCCCAUGCAGGAAAAGUGAAGCAGGUUGCACGGCAGACUUUUGGAAAUAAGACUGUGAUAAUCCCCGCUGGUGGAGCAGGUUAUAAAGUGCUGGCCCUCCUUGACGUAGCUGAAAAGAAUCAAGAAGAAGCUGAUGUGUAUAUCCAUGUCACCUAUAUUAAGAAGUGGGACAUCUGUGCUGGAAAUGCGGUGUUGAGAGCAUUGGGUGGCCAUAUGACUACCCUGACUGGUGAAGAAAUCAGUUACACUGGCUCAGAUGGCAAUGAGGGGGGACUUAUAGCCAGUAUCAACAUGAACCAUAAAGCACUGAUUGAAAAACUUCCAGAUCUGGAAAAAACGUCACACAAACUUGACUGAUGGAGAAAUACAGGUCAUGCUUUUGUAAGCCUCCAGAUGUUCUGACUGAAGAAGCAAGUGUGAAAACCUGCUGGGAAAGAUGCACAGCAAAGCAGUUUGGUGUGGGUUUGGGGACUGUAUUUGCAUUGGGUUUCUUCAGUGGUGGUAUUUAAAAAAAAAACACACAAAAAUAAAAACACAGUAAUAAUAAUCAGAAGUAGGAAGGGCACUGAGUGCCUCACACCUCAGUUUCCAUGUCUUUUUUUUGACUGCUUUCAUUCAGUUCUUAUAUUCAAGGUGCAUAUACAAUAUAUAUUUGUGAACAUAGGUGAAUUAAAGAAAGAUCCAAAUUGUUUCAUAAAAUAACCUCAGUAGUUCUCAGAGGAAUUUAUUGAAAUCUUUUACAUCUUACUGUAGUUGUGGCAAUUCUGUAAUGAAUUAGGUAGAAACAAAGAUUGAUUUAUAUAGGCAUUUGAUAACUAAAAAUUCAGGAGGAAAGAUGGCCCUUUGUUCUGUAUCCCCUGACCAGAAUUCACAAGAAGGUUGACACACAUUUAUAUACAGCAACAGUUUAUUUUGGACAGAGUGGCACUCUUUCUGCUUUUUAAGAGGAAACAAAAAUGUUCUGUACUAUUUUGACUUUUUUUUUUUUCCCUGAAGGUGUAAACCAGUUUAAUUCAGAUGAGUUGUGAAUAUCAGUGUUUUAUUAAUCAGUGUAAUUAUUUCGAUAUACCUUUUUAAAAGAAGGCAACGUUUCCUUGUAUAGUUUUUAACAGUUAAUUCUUGUCCUUGAUGAUUUCUCCGUACAGUGUUGAAGAUGCAUGCUAGAUCUUCCUCUAAUGUAGGACUUGUUCAUCAUUUGGCAUUUGUACUUCGAGAAGCAACCUCUUCAGUACCUGUUUGUUUUGGUUUUCCCCAUUGGAUAGAGUCAUAUGAAAUGAGUUUUAUGGAAAUAGUAAGUUAAUUGGUUGUUUCCAUUUACAACACGAAAUAUAAACUACCAUUUUUUUCUAAAACCCCAGAAGGGGCAUUCUUUUCUGCAGAAAGGCCUUGAGUUAUCCCAAAUAGCUUGUGGUUACUUGAUUCAUGGAAAUUUACACAUACAAAGAUUGUUUCUCUUAAAUUUAAUCUGUUUAAGCAAGUUUGAAGAACAAGUGGCCCUUCAAGAACACCAGAGUCCACAAAGCCUUACUGAAAAAUGCUCUUUGUCAGUCCAGUUUACGCAGAACAGAACAUGGGCCCUUUGAUACCAAAUGACAAAUUGUUGUACCUCUGAAAUAGUUAGACUUCUAUCUGCAGAAGCAUAACCACCUGUGUUGUUGUUCUUUGUGCCCCUCUGAAGGGAUUUCAGAAAGUUAAAACAUACCUGUUGUUCUAAUUGUCAGUAGAUAAGCUUCCCAUCUCUUCUCAGUUCUUCAAAUAUUUGUUUGAAGUUUAUUCAGUGGAAACAUAGGCUAUUUAAACGAAAUUAUUAUUAUUUUUUCAUUUUAACUUCUUUCAUCAUACUGUUCUCAUUAAAAAGAGGUUUUCCUGCUUAUGUUAAAUGUUAAUAGUGGAGAAUGUCAUAAUACCUCUUUUAAUGCUCUUCUAUCUCACAUUCACAUUUCCAAAAGACCUCCUCAGAUACUGCAUAAUUACUGAUACAGAUUUUAAUUUCGUAAACUUACUGGCAAAGUAGACUGAAGCUUAGUCCUACUAGCCUUUGGUACGGGUAGGCUUUUUUUUUUUCAAAUUUUUUCCAACAUUGACACAAUUGCUGCUAUUUGAGAAUACCUUCUACACAUGUAGAUAAUAUACAAAACAACUUAACUUCCAUUUUAAAGUUUAAUGACCUGCUAUAUGGUAUGACAAAUAAGUGAAUGUGGCCUUUAAAAAAGGGGCUGAUCUCUUUUUAAAAAAUGUUGAGCUUCCAAACCUCAGCAAAUAACAAAAAUCCAGAUAUUUAUCAAGGCUUUACUAAUAUUUUGCAGCUUUUUUUAAAAUUAUUUUCCCUUCAGUUUGAUACAAAUGGCUUAAAGCCUAAUAAAAAAGCAUCUCUGCUGUUUAGUAGUUAAAGAACAUGGAUUGAAAUUUAAGCAUGAGAAAUAGCCAUAGUUGGGCUAGUAUUAAAACUUGUAUGUCACAGAGCUUGGCUGCACAAUAUUUAAAUAGACAGUUAAAGUCUCUGGGAGGUGGCUGGUUUUGAUUCAGGUUGAAAGCAUGUUUAAACUUACCUUGUGAAAAUGUGACUGCUUUUAUUUUGGUUGCAGUCCCAUCACUUCCUUGCAUAAGCUGUGAUCAGACUUAGGUUCUGCAUGAGAAAUGAAAAAUAAGAUAAUGUUAUGUACGCUAAAGGGGCUUACUGGGAUUUUCAUUGAAGGUACACAGCAGUAAACAAAAAUGUUUGCCUAAAUUAUGAAGGUAAAGACCUUCAGAAGAUAAAGAAGUUACAAAGAAGAGCCUCAGCUUUCCUUUUCUUGUUCCCAUGUGCUGGCUGAAAUACUAGUUUUUAAAUAGGAGGGCAUAUGCUUCUGACCUGUUUGUAUCCUAAAUUGCUUUGCUGCAUUGGAUCAGUGUUUGAUACCUUUCUGCUUCAGGCCCCUUUUUGACCCAAUCUCACUUUUUGUGACAGUGAAGGAAAGGUGAAAGGGAAGUGCUUCUGGCACAGCCUGAGCUCUGUCAGCUGCCCCACAGCCAGGCCCUGUGGUGCUGCUUGCAGCUCCCAGCCUAGCUGAAGGAGGAGCUGCUGCAGGGUGUGCCGUCAGGCCCCGAUCAGUAUCGGUUUCUAAUAUAAAUGCAACUCUUGCACAGACCAGCAGGUGUUCAGAAGUGCUUGCUUAGUGCACGUGUGUCAGUGCACUUUGAUAUUUCUGUGUACAGUAUUGACAACCCAUGCAUCUUAUUUCUUUGACCAUGUCUACACUCAUUUCUAAAACAUUUUACCAUUCUGGCUCAAAUGCUUGUUUGGUUUCACCUCUGUGGAUGUGAGAGAAGCUUAUUCUCUGAGAUCAGACUAUAACAGUGUCUCACUGCCUGGCUAGGGCAUUGUUCUGCACCUUCCAGCCUUUUCCAAAUAAAAGUGAUGUAGCAUGUUCAGGGAUGCUACUUAAAACAAUUGCACAGUGUAGGUGGGUCCUGCAAAAGCGUCUUUGCUAAAAAUUGUAAUUUAAGAACUUCAUGGUAAUAUUCUAGGUCCAAUCAAGGGAAGUAAGAGAAUGUAUUGUGCUAGCAUUGGUUUUCAGAGGGUGGCUUUUUUUAUUAUUAUUAUUAUUUUAUUUUUUUUUCCUUUGGGUGGAUAUUAUGAUUAUGGUAACUGUCAGUGAAAUUAUUCUAAAGCGGUGUGUAUUUUCUAUUUUUCAUUCUGCUAAAAAGAAUGGAUGGUAGCAUAGAUGAUACCUAGUACUGUACCAAAAGUCCUAACUUGCAUUCAUGGAAUGUUUUACAAAUACAUGGACACAGAAAUAAAAGGGUUGAAUAUUGUA